AUGUCUUCUCAACAAGAAGAACGACAACACUCCGAGGAAGAAAUUGUGGAGUUACAAGAUGAAGAGCAAGUAAAAACAACAACAAGUAUUACCAACAAGGAGCAAGAGGAGCUUCAUCAGAAUGUAUCGGAACACAAAGAAGAGCAACCACAACAGGAGGACACUAUGGAUGAUGAAAAACCGAAAAUUGUAGAAAUUGAUAUUUCUCAACAUGUACACGAUUCUAGACUUUCCUUUGAUCUCAGAUCGGAUCUUUCUACGGUUGGUCAUGAUCCGAGCAAGAUUGAAUUUAAAGCACCUUUGGCUGGAGCUAUUUUGAAUUUAAUUUAUUCGAUUGUUUAUUUAAUAUUAUCAUUGAUGGAAAUUAAGUGGAAACAUGAUUUUCUUGAAAAAUAUGAUGAUGAUCAUCAUGAUAAAAUGGAUGAAGAUCAAGUGGAAGGUUUGACCUUUGUUGGAUUAUUUUGUUUGAUCGUCGGAGCUGUGAUUAGCUUGAUUGGAUCUAUGGCUGGAGUGUUAAGUUGUUGUUUGUUGUGGAAGAAGGAACAAGUUAUGAAAUGGAUGAACCGAACUAACAGAGCAUUUGUGAAUAUUUCCUUGUUGAUUGCAGCACUUUGGCUUGCCUCGACUAUUAUUUCUAUAAUUCCAUUUGGAGCGCUCUAUCUCAUUAUGAAUUGUACAGUUUCUAUUGCUGACUCUAAAACUGUAAAUGUGUUGCCAAUUUUGGGCAUUUUGUUGGGUGGUGUGUUUGUGGUAUUCUCAAUUCUAUUGACAAGAAGAAUAUGGACCAAUAAGGCUCAUUUUGGCGAUUAUGGAUUUACCUUUCAUUAG